AUGGCUACGACUCAGGCAGGGGGUGCUCUCCUAUCAAAUCCCAUUGAGUAUAUAUCGGUAGUGGGUGCUCUCCAAUAUGUUACUUUAACACGUCCGGAUGUCUCCUCUGCUUUAAAUCGAGCUUGUCAAUUCAUGCAUGCCCAUACUACAAAUCAUUGGCAGAUGGUGAAACGCAUACUUCGCUACCUUAAACAGACAAGUACUCAUGGUUUACUUAUUGAGCGGUCCCCCUCCCGUUCCUUACAGGCCUUCUUGGAUGCAGACUGGGCAGGUGAUGGCCUUGAUCGUAAAUCCAUUGGGGAAUUUGCAAUUUUUCUUAGCCCCAAUCUUGUUUCUUGGACGUCACGAAAGCAGAAAACUGUGGCUAGGUCUUCCACAGAUGCCGAAUACAAAGCUUUGGCUAAUGCUUCAGCUGAACUAAUAUGGCUUGAAUCCCUGUUCGGUGAACUCGGUAUCCUCUUGCUGGUGCUCCCAUAUUAUGGUGUGAUAACAUUAGAACAACUUAUCUUUCGACGAAUCCUAUUUUCAUACUCGCACAAAGCAUGUAGAAAUUGA